AUGGCGACUCUCACAGAGGCAGAAAGAAAAGCAAACCACGUUAUUUCUCUUCCCAAACCACCCAGGUUAUCUUCUGUAUCUUCAAACGAGAAUAUAGAUCCCAAGGCAAUUGCACAACAAUGGCUCACCAAUCUCGAGACCACUCUCUCUUCAAAUAACGGAAACAUCACAGCAGAACAUAUAAAAUCUCUCUUCCACGACGACUCCUACUGGCGCGAUCAUAUCGCUCUCCAAUGGGAUUUCCGUACCAUCCACUCCGCUACAAACAUCGCUUCAUUCCUCCAUGAAUUCCAACCUGGCUCCCAAUUAUCCAAUUUCUCCUUACAAACAAGCGGGAAAUAUGUACCACAUAUCGAGACUCCGGAAAAUGGUGUUCCGGGCGUCGACUUUAUUUCCUCCAUGUUCCAUUUUGAGACCAAAGUUGGACGUGGAACUGGUAUUUUUAGGUUGACGUUGGAUGAUGCGGGGAAGGAAUGGAAGGCGUAUAUUGUCUAUACGUCGUUACAGGAAUUGAGAGGUGCCGAGGAGCCACUUGGGCCUAAGAGGUUGUAUGGGACGUUGGAUAGUUUGCCGGGUGGUUCGGCGGGGGGUACCUGGAAGGAAAGAAGAGAGAGGGCUGUUAAGUUUGAAGGUGUUGAACCUACGGUUUUGAUUGUUGGUGCUGGACAAGCAGGAUUGAAUCUGGGGGCUCGUUUGCAGUCUCUCGGUGUGUCAGCCUUGCUCGUGGAUCGUCAUGAACGUAUUGGAGACAAUUGGCGAAAGAGAUAUCGCACAUUAACAACCCACGACCCAGCCGAAUACACACACAUGGCCUAUCUCCCCUUCCCCAAAAAUUGGCCCCAGUUUACUCCCAAGGACAAACUCGGCGACUGGUUCGAAGCAUACGCCAGUCUCAUGGAACUCAACGUCUGGACAAACACAUCUGUAACUUCCGCCAGUUAUGACGAUAAUACAUCAACCUGGACCGUUACUGUCCGAAAACCAGACGGGUUUGAACGUACUUUGCAUCCUAAACAUGUCGUAUUUGCCACGGGACAUUCAGGAGAACCCAAGGUUCCAACUUUCCCAGGCCAAGAGUCUUUUAGAGGGAUUGUGUAUCAUGGGUCCCAGCAUAGAGAUGCCGCCGAGUACGACGUGCGCGGGAAGAAGGUAAUUGUUGUCGGAACAGGUAAUUCGGGCCAUGACAUUGCUGAGAACUUUUAUGAAAAUGGGGCGGAUGUUACUAUGUUGCAGAGAAGGGGCACAUAUGUUCUCUCUGUCGACAAGGGUAUAUUCAUGCUACAUGAAGGGACCCAUGAUGAAUCGGGACCACCAACAGAACAAGCCGAUAUAUGGUCAGCAUCCCUCCCAUACCAGGUCGCCUUCGCAUUCAACGUCCAUCUCACCCGCCGACUCUCCGAGGCAGACAAAGAUAUACUCGAAGGAUUAGCCAAAGCCGGCUUUGACGUCUACAAGGGCAUCGACGAAAGUGGCCUUUUGCGAUUAUACAUGACUCGCGGAGGAGGCUACUACAUCGAUAUAGGAUGCAGUCAACUGAUCGCCGACGGCAAGAUUAAAGUCCACAAAUCUCCAGAGGGCAUCAAGGAAUUCACAGAGCAUAGCUUGCUUCUAGCAGAUGGGAAAGAGUUAGAGGCUGAUAUGGUUGUUUUGGCGACUGGAUUUGAUAAUAUGCGUACAACGGUUCGCAAGGUGCUGGGUGAUAAGGUAGCGGAUCGGUGCCAGGAUGUCUGGGAUUUGGAUGAAGAAGGCGAAUUGAACGCUAUGUGGCGUCCUUCGGGGCACCCCAAUUUCUGGUAUAUGGGUGGUAAUCUGGCAUUGUGCCGGAUUUAUUCUAAAUUCCUGGCAUUGCAGAUCAAAGCUAUCGAGGCAGGUCUGGUUCCUGCAGGAAAAUAA